AUGAUUAUCUACAAGGAUAUCAUCACUGGCGAUGAGGUCAUAUCUGACACCUGGAAGCUCAUCGAGGUCUCUGGUGGUGUCCUGUGGGAGUGCGAUUGCAAGAAAUAUGUCAAGGGAGCUGAGAACUUCGAACUGGAGGGUGCCAACCCAUCUGCUGAGGGCGGAGAAGAAGAGUACGGCGGAGAAGGUGGCGGAGAGAUGGUCCAUGACAUCGAGGAGUCCUUCCAGCUGAAUUGGCUAAAACCAGACGAAUCUGGCAAAGAAACCAAGCCUAGCAAAGAUCAAUUCAAGGCCCAUCUGAAAUCAUAUGUCAAGAAUGUGAACAAAGCACUCAAGGAUACCGGUGCCAGCGAAGAAACCAUCAAGGAGUUCCAGGCUGGCGCUGCAGACGCCGUCAAGAAGAUCCUCAAAAACUACGACAACUACGAUGUUCUCAUGGGUUCAUCCAUGAAUGGUAACGGAAUGCACAUUCUCAUUGAUUUCCGCGAGGACGGUAUUACCCCAUACGCCACAAUCUGGAAGCAUGGUCUCGUCCCAGAGAAGGUCUAA